CGUCACCUGAGGAAGCGAGUUAUGUCUUGUCCCGAUGCUGAACCUCUACAGUAAAUGCAGAACACACAGUAAAACGUCGUCCUCAUGGCUAUCUUCUCGGACAGUUAAUUCCACGCCAACAAUAUACUCGCGUUUUAUAGCAGCUUUUAUUUGCCUUCGCUUAUUCUGAAACAGUUCAGAUUUUUAUGUCGCAUAUUUAUUUAUAGUUUCAAAACGUUUACAUGGCUACAGCAAGCGGGAAUUGCAACCACGGCGGCGCUGGUUCAGAGAAGGAGAGGUUGGUUUCCUCUGUGUCUCCUCACGGCUACGGCUCCAGCGACAGCAGCGACAAGCAUGUUCACCACAGACACAGCCAUGGCAACCCCCGGUUGCCCACAGCAACGGUGGGGGGCUGGCUGGGGGCAGAGCAGGAAGAGGAGGCCCUGCGCAGGAAACUCAAGUACUUUUUCAUGAGCCCCUGUGACAAGUUCCACGCCAAGGGCCGCAAGCCCUUCAAACUGGGCCUGCAGCUGCUCAAGAUUAUCAUUGUCACUGUGCAGCUGGUGUUGUUUGGCCUUAGCAACCAGAUGGUGGUGACGUUCAAGGAGGAGAACACCAUGUCCUUUAAGCACAUCUUCUUGAAGGACUAUGACGAGGGCUCCGACGACACGUUGGCCGUGUACACACAGAGCGACGUCUACGAACACAUCUUCUACACCGUAGACCAGUAUUUGAUGCUACCCGAGACCACGGUGGGACGCUAUGCGUACGUCUAUGGGGUCGGGGUGAACGGGAGUGCCCUCUCUCUCUGCCAGCAGUACUACAAAAAGGGCAGCAUCGAUCCCGCCAAUGAUACCUUCAACAUUGACCCUCAUGUUAUCACAGAUUGUGUGGGGGUUAACCCUCUGUCAGUCCCUCGAGCGCCUUUCGGCAGUGACUACAAGAACUUUACCCUCAAGUUCCACAAACUCAUAAACGUGACGAUACAGUUCCACCUAAAGGCCAUCAACAUUCAGACCAUCAUCAACAACGAGAUUCCUGACUGUUACACCUUCUUCAUAACGAUAGUCCUGGACAACAAGGCUCACAGUGGUAAAGUGAGGAUCAGUCUGGAAAACCAGGCUUUUAUAAAGGAGUGUAAAGACCCCAGUGUGUCAGGCCACGCGGAGAACUACACGCGGGUAACGUUUGACGUGGUGGUGGUGAUCGUUUGUAUACUGUCCCUGGUGCUGUGUGGCCGCUCCAUACUCCGCGGCAUCAUACUACAGGCCGAGUUUGUCGAGUUCUUCAAGACCAACCUGGGCCGGAAAGUAAGCUGGGACGAAAGGAUGGAAUUCAUCAACGGCUGGUACAUCCUGCUCAUCAUCAGUGACGUCCUCACCGUCAUCGGCAGCAUCAUCAAGAUUGGCAUCGAAUCCAAGAAUUUGUCAUCGUAUGAUGAGUGUGGCAUCCUGUUGGGGACCUCCACCUUGUUGGUGUGGGUCGGAGUCAUUCGCUACCUCAGCUUCUUCCAGAAGUACAAUAUCCUGAUCGUGACUUUGCGAGCUGCGUUCCCCAACGUGAUCCGGUUCUGCAGCUGUGUGGCUGUCAUCUACCUGGGCUACUGCUUCUGUGGCUGGAUCGUGCUGGGGCCCUAUCACGUCAAGUUCCGCUCUCUCUCCAUGGUGUCGGAGUGCCUGUUCUCGCUGAUCAACGGCGACGACAUGUUUGUGACCUUCUCUGAGAUGCAGGAGAGCAGCACACUGGUGUGGGUGUUCAGCCAGGUCUACCUAUACACCUUCAUCUCCCUCUUCAUCUACAUGGUACUGUCGCUCUUCAUCGCCCUCAUCACCGGUGCCUACGAAACCAUCAAGCACCAAACCCAGGAGCCCUACCACAUUACGGACCUGCACGCCUUCAUCGCAGAGUGCACUGACACGCCCAGCUCGGGCAUGUACCGGGGCCUUGAGACCUCGCCCUGCUCCUUAUUCUGCUGCUGUGACAGAACGACAACAUACGAGGAUGUCCUUUUGGUGAACUGACUGGGUUGUGGUGUCUGGACCUACAGCGCUCUCUGCUGGCCCGGAGCGCUGCACUGCAUCCAGAUUUUCAUUGUCUUUACCAUCGAAUCUGUGUCAGGCAUGAGCCAGGACUAUGAGCUGAAAACCUAGUCUUUUUUGAGUGGAUUCAUUGACGAGACCACCUGCGUUGUGUGAAUGUUAUAGGGAUGUUGCACAGUAACAUACAGCUCAACACCGCAUUCCCCACACAGAAAGAGAAGUGUUUUGCCAAAAUUGGGAUUUACGCACAAUCCAUACUUGCUGAGGGCCAUAGUGCAAUGUCUUGUUAGCACAUUUAGCUGCUUUUUAAUUGUUUUACAUGAAUUUUUAGGUGUUCAGUAAGCUGCACAAGGGACAAGAACUGGACAAAGCAUGUUUUUUUUUAAUGUCAGAAGUUCUGGUUAUAUAUGAAGGUUGAUGACCAUGACAUGCGUACUUCAUCCUAAGCCAGAGACUGCUCUGGAGUAGCACUUCCACUGUCCCUGAGAGCACUAAAGUCCAGUUCACAUGACUCAUGCAAGAACGUCAUUGCCCUGUCAUGAGGCGCAAGCACAUCAAGAACUGCUGAGAGCAUGGCUGGCUUGGCCACAGCUCUUUGUGGUCACCACCACUGAACUCCGUACAAGUCAAUUGAACUUAAACCCUGCACUGCGCCUGGACCCAAUAGCUCACUCAAUGACCUUAAUCUUUGCUCUUUGCUGUACAAAUCUCCUGCCAAAUAGGCUGUGGUUAGACAGGCAGCCCAAUUCUGAUCCCCCAGACUAAUUGGCCUUUUGACCUUUCACAUCAGAUCUUUUUCAGAUUUGAUUGGUAAAAAUAAGAUCAGAAUUGAGCUGCCUGUCUAAACGCAGCCAUAGUAUUUCAGUGUUUUAAGACCGAUCAAUUAAAAAACCAGUACUCACACCCAGGUGCUGGUUCUGGUCUCCAGGAACAAUAUCCAUAGAAUUGUUCUAUAGUUUUAAGUUGGACACAGAAAGAGAUGCAGUGCAUCAUCUCAAGCACACCUACAGUACCAGUGGUUUCAGUAGGUGUAAAUCCGAUGACGCAGCACACAGGGUAAACAUCAGUGCCGUUGUUGAUUUUGUACGUGUCAAGUUCUACACUGUACAUGUCCUGUUCACGAUGCACAAAUGAUGCUUUUUAUCGCUGCGUGCUGAACACUGCUUCGUCAGAGUUCAUUUGAAAAAGGGAUCCGUAGUGAAGUAGUCAAGUCUACUCCCGAGUCGCACAAAGACCCACCAUGGCACAACAUUCCGGUCGCAAUGGAAAUAUGACUGUCCAAUUUUGCCUGACCUGAAUGUCACUUCCUUAAAUGAGGAAACUACACGAUUGGAAAAUGGAGAGUUCAUCUAUUUUUUUUGUGUGUGUGAAUUUUUAAAGGCCUAUGCUCCAGUCAUGGACAAUAUGGAUGGAGAACUGAACAUUUGUAUCCGACUGGUCUAAAGAACAAAGACUGCCUGCGAGUAACGGGGAGAGGAUAACGAGCAGGCCGGACAGCUAAGCGAGGCCAGAGGGAUGGGGUAUUUGCGAGCAUUGCAGUAAUGCUUGUGGUGUUGACCCAGAAGAAUGCUCUUACGAAUGUUUCGUUCCCAUUCUGUUUUACGUAUCAUAAUGAUGUCUAGUUUAAAACGAACCAAUUGCUUUGUCCUUUUAAAUUAUUAUUAUUAUUUUUUUUAAUGUUGGGUUGUUUAUGUAUCUAGAGAGAAACGCCUAAGGGGAGCGUGGUCUUCAGGUUCAGGCUCCAGAAAGGGGUCAUGCAUUGAGCUUUGUACUCCAAUCACCUUUGAAGGAGGAGGAAAAAAUGUUUUUUUAUAAUAGGUUAUAGGCCUGCUUCCAUUUCGGUCCCAGCUACUUCUUCUAAAAGUGAACCUUUUGACGUUGAUAGAUUCCAUAGAACCAAGGUGUAGGCAAAGUUAUACGGGAAUAUAACCUCCCAAAUAGGCUAAAAGCUGAGCUUUCACCAUAUCCGUCCUUUAGGAUCUGAGAACACCAAAGGGCUAGAGGCCACGAGAAGUGGCUAGGGGCUGAAAUGAUACUGGACCAUAGCCUGUAGCUCUUAUUUGAAUUGUCAUAUAGUACAUUUAAAUUAAAUGUAUGUUCUUAACUAAGCAGUACACCAACAGGAUUUGUUUUUGGCCUUGCGUUUGUAUAUUGUAGUAUUAGACACUUAAGAGGUCCUGUCCGAGCAGUCUGUAGACAUUUAUACAGUUCAUUGUGUAAUCUUUUUUUUUUUAUGUUCAUCUUACUUGAACAUUGUUUUGAGUGUUGGAUCUCUGUGACACACUCGGUAUGAUGCCAAACCACUGAUGAUUAAAUGCCUGUUUGUUCA